UGUGUCAGUUUCGUGUUUUGAUUAUGUCUCCAGUCACAUUCUAAUUAAAUACAAUGGCUAAAUGCCGAAGUUCCAGUUGCUCGUGAGUCCUAAGUCUACCUGGCACUCUGUUCUGUAGACACUUGCGAGAAAAGUUCUAGAUUUCCAUUCCCAAACGCCACAAAUUUGCUAAGUCCAAGAGGAAAUUUCGCAGGACUAAAAAUAAUUACCUGGAUCGAUACGAUUUGCCGCAGCUAUAAAUGUUAUGCCGCAAAGGACGCAACAAACACUGCGUGAAAACAUAUUCGCCACUACCUCCACUCUUCAAUUGUUAUUGGGUAUUUCGUCAUUAUCGUUGCGCUAGUCCCGGAAAAUGGUCAAGGCGGAUUGGAAGAUAGUGAAAAUCGUUACAGCUAUCGCGACGAAAAUCUGGGCGGCAUCGCUCGGAACUCUCCUCACUUGCGUGAUACUUUAUUGUUUUUAUGGAAGUCUCAUAUCGUUUAGCAUAUUCCUCUUCGCUGGAUUAUAUAUUCUAUACCAUGCCCAGGACAACCUCCUGUACCACCCCGACUUGCCGUCGAAUUCCCGCGUCUACAUUCCAGUCCCAGCAAUGCAUAACCUUCCCUACGAAACGGUCAAUAUACGAACCAGCGACAACGCCACCCUGCAUGCCUUCUUCAUAAAGCAAAACGACGACAAGAGCACUUUCGUUCCGACGAUAGUUUACUUUCACGGCAAUGCCGGCAACAUGGGGCAUCGAUUGCAGAACGUCUGGGGCAUUUACUAUAAUCUAAAUUGUAAUAUUUUAAUGGUGGAGUACCGAGGUUAUGGGUUAUCAACGGGGUCACCGUCCGAAAAAGGCCUAUGCAUGGAUGGCCGAGCGGCUGUAGAUUAUCUUUACACACGACACGAUUUGGAUCACCAGAAAAUUAUUUUGUUUGGGAGGUCUUUGGGCGGCGCUGUGGCAAUUGAUGUUGCAGCCGACCUGGAGUAUUCCGGGAAAAUAAUGGCGUUGAUGGUGGAGAAUACGUUCACUAGUAUUCCCGAUAUGGCUGUGGAGCUGGUGCAUCCAAAUGUUAAAUACUUACCAAACGUUUUUUAUAAGAAUAAGUACUAUUCCAUUGAUAAGGUUGAUCGUAUCCGAGUGCCAGUCUUAUUCAUAACUGGCUUGGCCGACAAUUUGGUUCCGCCCCGAAUGAUGCAGACUUUGCACAUGAAAUGCGGCAGCACACGAAAACGCUUACUAGAAUUUACUGGAGGCUCUCAUAACGACACUUGGGUUAUAGACGGAUAUUACCAAGGUAUUGCAACAUUUCUCGUAGAAUGCCAUGACGUUGUCCAUCCACUGCAAACACCUCCCAAACGUAAUCACUGGCCUGAAAUACAUGAAGUGUAGCGAAUAGAUGGUUUACAUGCUAAGCAAAGUGCUGGGAACAGUACACAGGAAGCAAUCGACUCUCGAUAUUAACUCACUCUAAUGAUAAUGACACAUACACAUGUACCAAAUGAUUGAAAAUGAAUUGUUAAUAUUUUAAAAGAGA